GCGUAACAAGGUAACAAGCCUUGGCUCUCUGCAGCCUCGCGUGAACUUCAACUUCAUUAUGAAACACCAGCUUUGACACACCAGCUGAGUCGACCUGGCGAGUGGCGACAAAACAAGUUGGUAAGGUCAUUCUACAGGUGUGUGAUACUGUGUAGAUGACGAAUCCAGGGGUUUGCUCAAGUGAGGUGGACCCGUUAAAGGGCGAGGAGGAGGAUGUAGGUGAAUCAGGGAUCGGUGGACCCACCUCGUCCACGAAGAAGGGGGUCUGUGGAGGAGGCUUGCGCCUGUCACGUCUCUCAGGCUGGCGCACAGCAGCCUUCCUGCUCGCACUCUUCCUCUGCCUCACCAUCGUCUUCGCCUUCUCGUUCAUCCUGCCCUGCCCCACACGGCCACAAUACCUAGUCACAUGGAACCACACGUUACCUGCUGCAGCUGCGUAUGAUUUUCUGGCUGUAGAACAUGCCAAUAAGGACAAGAUCAAAGAUAUUAUUUUCAUCUACAAGAGCAAUGAGGGCAGUAAGAACACGACCUGUGAGGAUGAAGGCUUGUCAUCUCCAUGUAUGUUUGUGCUGGCGGUGGAUGGAACGGAUGGAGAAAUGAUAUGGGAGUGUCCUUUGAAUUUUGACCUGCAAUGGGCUCAGUGUGGACUUGACAGAGUUGACGAAAAGAGCACAGAAUGCCUCCUGGCUCACACCAACACACUCACUUUCAUCUCCACACAUGACGGCAAAGUGUUGUGGCAGCAGAGCUCCUCUCCUGGUGUCGGGGCAGUGGCACCUGCACUGGGUGUCUCAGACCUAAAUGGUGACGGAACCAAUGACAUCGCUCUUCUCACGCCUCAGCAUGAUCAGAUGAAGCUGGUGUUCCUCUCAGGGAAGACAGGGUUACAGCUCGGCUCCGAGGUGGAGGUUAUUGCUGAGGUUUCAUCAUCUCACAUGCUGCACAAGACGGCCGGGGAGGCGCAGUACCUCCUUCUGCAGACAGCCUCUGGCUUGUAUGCUGAGGGGUUGUGGAAUCUCGUGGCGAAAGCCAACCUCGACAAACCGCUAAAAAAAGAUCCAAAGUGGGAGAAGAGGAGGAAUGGAACGGGACCAAUAAUGAUCUACAACUCUUCAUCUCUGCUGCAGGUAUCAAGAGCUGUGGGCACUGGAGUUCCCUCUCUGUUGCUGAUUACAGACCAGGAGGACCAGGACCAGCCCAAAGGCACCAUUACAGAGCUGCUUGACGGAGACAGUCUUACGUCCCUCUGGAAAGCCAAUACCAGUACACUGCUCAGUCAGCCAUCAUUUGGACAUUUCAACAAAGAUGGCAUUCCUGAUGUGGUGAUAGAGGACGACGCUGGAAAUGCAACCAAGAGGGUUGUUAUUCUAGAUGGAAAGACAGGGGGAGUGUUGUGGGAGGUCCGUUUACUGGCUCUGCCACACACACCCGCCCCUUCAUCUGUUCUCACAAUACAGUCCUACUCUGUGUUUAUGCUGUGGGGAGAGACACUAACCAACCAAACAGGCUCUGGAAUGGAGCAGCGCUUCUCUUAUCUCUUGCACCCUUCCUACUCUAAUCUACUGUUACAGAGGAGUAGUCCAGUGGAGCACAUUAUUGCUUUCAAAGCAACUCUACUAGAGCGAGGUCGCCACGCCUCCUACCUCCUUCUGACCGGCCCUUACGCCAGCGAGGGGGUGGAGCCAGAAGGGGCGGGCUCAGUGGUUCUGACCAAGCGCAAGCUGAAGAGUGACGUCCUGGACAGCACGGUGCUGAGUGUGAGUGGACCAGUGACCCAGGACAACGUAGAGCACGUCAAAGAGGCCUUCAACCGACUACGUUUCAGCGACUAGCGGGCCCUCCAGGGUUGUGCAGAUUUUUGCUUUACCUGUGUUCCCUGGUGUUCCACAUUAAUCAUUAAGAAAAAAGACCUGCUGUGGACUGUCCUUAUGCCCUUGCUAUCAGGUAGAGCUGACACCCAAUAUAUUUUGCACUGCAAAAGGAGGAAGAAGAGCUAAUCCCUGUUUCCUCUAUGCACACACUGUUUGACCCACUUUUAUCUUACAUCUUGCAGUGCUUUCAGUUAAUCACCUCAGAUGACACUAACAACUUCACUCUGUGGCCUUAAGUACACCUAAGUACUAUCUUAAAACACUCUUAAAGGAAUUUCUUGCAUUAAUGUGCAAUUAACCUGCAACCUGGAAGCUUUUGACUACUCAUACUUGACCUUCCCCCUUUAAAACCGUAAUAUAGCAUUAGACAUCACCAUCAAAAACUGACCACCACUGUAGUGCAAUCACAUCUUUCUUGGGAGUCAAUUUAAUCAUAUGACUUGAUAUAACCUGGGACUAAUUUUAUGCUUUAUAACCUGUAGAGUUUCAAACAGGUUGAGAAGCCUACAUGACUUUGUCAGUGGUAUGCAUGGAUUUCUCAUAGAAAAGCUCUCUUGCCGUUCUAAUCAAAUUGUAGCAAUGUUUUUCCUGAAUUACCAGAUGAAUUGAAAGAAUGUAGUUGAUAGUCACACUUUUCAUCUGAAUGUACUGUUUCACUUUAAGAGGGAGACAGGCUCUUGUGUUUUUGUGUAGAUAUUUAAGAUAUAUAUUCUGCUGUCUUCUGGUCAGCUUUUAGUGGCACUGUAGUGUGAAGCAAGAAUACGGUUUACUGCUGUGGAAUUCAGAAGAAACACUAACCUGUACUGAUGGAGACCUCUCAGCUUUUGUUUUUACCUGGUGAACUGUUAUGCACAGGCUCUUUUUUGCGUUUACAUUUAGCAUGUGCUUGAACAAUCACUGCCUCUGUCUGUUCUGGUGGGGCCAUAUGGGAUGUACUUUUGAUGCACUCUGUGAUGCUGUUGUAAUGAGGAGAGGCUAACAGUGUGCUUGGGACCUGUGCUGAAAAUUUACUGACUUUGAACAUACUUUACACCAGUGCCAUUUUACAUGAUCUGGCCUGAUGUAGCCCUGUAUCAGGAAACCCGGAAAUAUGUUUGCUGAACCAAAGCAUCCUGAAUAACAGGAAAACGUGUGAGGUAUUGUUAUUGUCCACAAACUGUGGUUUUAAAAAGUUAGGUCAGUUAUAAGGGAGUGAGACUUAACUGUGGCAUAUUUCCUACAUACUUAUUUAAUGGGAACCAGGCAAUCUUGAGACUAUAUUUUGAGCAUAUCUGUUCUGAGUGGGACUUAAUACUAAACCUGUGGAUCAGGGUUUCAAUGCACUGCGGAAUACAAUCUUAUUUUCCGUUAAUUAAAUUAAGGCUGUAGAUAUUCAAUCUUAUGACCAAUAAAAUCUUUGACACAUAAGCUUUUUAAGUUUGUUAUUGGUGCCAAAUUGGUGCCUAUGCCAAAAUUAUGCAUCAUUUUGAUGUAUCUCCUGUUAUUUACUGCACCUGUCACAGAAUUCAUAAGAAUUUUGGUGUUUGACUCGAGUUAGUUAUUGUCUUUCCAACUGUAGGCUAUAUCUGCUUUCUUUUGUCUUGUCUGGAAUACAUGCCAUCUUGGCUAUAAA